AUGAGGAAGUCACAAGCAACUGGGAGAAGUCACAAGAAGAACACAUCUAGCAAAGAGGGUAAAAAGAAAUGUGUCCUCAGCAGCAGCCAGGCCAAGCCUCCUGUUCUUAAUGGUCUGACCAGGCAGCAGAAGGAGGUAUUACAGGCCUCUGUCUCCCCAUACCACCUUUUCAAAGACGCUGAGGUCACAGCCUUUCGGGGGAGCCUCCUGAGCUGGUAUAACAGAGAGAAGCGUGACCUUCCCUGGAGAAGGCGGGCAGAAGAUGAGGAGGACCCAGAUAGGCGGGCAUAUGCUGUGUGGGUCUCAGAAGUCAUGUUGCAGCAGACCCAGGUUGCCACAGUGAUUGACUACUAUACCCGAUGGAUGCAGAAGUGGCCAACACUUCAGGACCUGGCCAGUGCAUCUCUGGAGGAGGUGAAUCAGCUCUGGGCCGGCUUGGGCUACUACUCUCGAGGCAGGCGGCUACAGGAGGGAGCCCAGAAGGUGGUAGAGGAGCUAGGGGGCCACAUGCCUUGCACAGCAGAGACUCUACAGCAACUCCUACCUGGUGUGGGGCGGUACACAGCAGGAGCCAUUGCUUCCAUUGCCUUUGGCCAGGCAGUCGGAAUAGUGGAUGGGAAUGUAAUCCGGGUGCUGUGCCGUGUCCGAGCAAUUGGUGCUGAUCCCAGCAGCACCCUUGUCAACCAGCAACUCUGGAGUUUAGCCCAGCUGCUGGUGGACCCAGCCCAACCAGGGGACUUCAACCAAGGUGCCAUGGAACUGGGAGCCACAGUGUGCACACCACAGCGCCCACUUUGCAAUCAGUGCCCUGUGCAGAGCCUGUGUCGGGCAUAUCAGAGGGUGGAACAGAAGCAGUGCUCAGCCUCUCAGAGCUGGCCUCAUAGCCCUGACGUGGAGGAGUGUGUUCCCAGUACUGGGCAGUGUCAGCUGUGCCUGCCACCCACAGAACCCUGGGACCAGACCCUGGGAGUGGCCAACUUUCCCCGAAAGGUCAGCCGCAAGCCUCCCAGGGAGGAAUGUUCUGCCAUCUGUGUCCUGGAGCAGCCCAGGGCCCCUGGGGGUGCUCGACUUCUGCUAGUACAGAGGCCCAGCUCAGGUUUGCUGGCAGGACUGUGGGAGUUCCCAUCUGUGACCACAGAGCCCUCAAGGCAGUGCCAGCGCAAGGCCCUACUGCAGGAACUGCAGAGCUGGGCUGGACCCAUCCCAGCCAUCUCUCUCCAGCACCGUGGGGAGGUUGUCCACACAUUCUCUCAUAUCAAGCUGACAUAUCAAGUAUAUGGUCUGACUCUGGAAGGAGAGACCCUUGUGACUACACCCCCUGGUGCACGUUGGCUGACCCGGGAAGAGUUUCACACUGCAGCUGUCUCCACUGCUAUGAAAAAGGUGUUCCGUGUGUAUGAGGGCCAGCAACCAGGCACUGGCAAGGGUUUUAAAAGGUCCCAGGGGUCUCUCUCAUCCAGACAGAAGAAACUCAGCCGUGGUCAGCAAGUCUUGGAUCAUUUCUUUCAGCCCCAAGUUCCUGCUGAUACACCCAUCCUCAACAGUGUAAUCCAGUGA